AUGCCAAAAGAUAAACUAGGGGGAAACAAAAAGGCUACUGCAAAAGAUGAAUACCAAGAAGUUGAGUAUUUGUCUAAGGUGUACAAUGAGUACACUGAAGAAGACUUUUACAAAGUCAGAUGGCUAAAUUCGGCCAAUGGGAAAAAAUCUACAUCUUUACUCCCUAUAGAAUGCUUUGACCAAGAGUCUCAAGAAAUAUUGAAAAAAGAAAGUGAAAGCAAAAAUAAGCCGAAUAAAAGUAGCAAACAAGCUGUAAAAGUCGCAGAAACAAACGAAAAAAAGCCAAAGAGUGGCCAAAAAGAGAGCCCAACAAGCAAUAAUUUGGAAACAUUUGAGCCUACUUCUGAAAAGAAGGCAGAAGCUGUGCAGCAAGCUCCUAUAGACCCUGAAACCCUUCCAAAAUCUUCAAUCGGUAAUAUCACACUUCAAGCGUUGAUAGAAAGUGAAGAAGAUUUGCCUUCAAAAAAGCAGAAAAGUGAAAGCAAAAAUUCUGCAUUUACUGAUGUCAUUGAUCUAGAUGAAGAAAAGGAGCCUCCAAAAAAAACUAUUAAGCUCUCAAUUCCUUCUCAAAAAAAAUUACAAACAUCAGAAACUCUCCAAACCCCUAGUGUGGAAGCCAAAGAAGAACCUCCAAAAAUAGCCAAAUCUUUUGUUAAAGCUAUACUUAGCUCGAAAUCUCCACAAAGACCAGAAGAACAAAAGCCGAUAAAGGAUAUCAACAAUUCUAGAGGAAUUAAAAGAAUUAGAGAAUUAUAUAAAAGAGGGGAUAUUGAAAAAGAUAGGCCUGUUAAAAUCCUUGGAUGCUACCAGAAUAACGGUGAGCUAAAAUAUGCAGUGCUUUAUCGAGUUAAUAAAGGAGUUUGUCCGAAUAUUCAACUUGUGGAUCAUCAAAAAGUCAUGGAAAAGUACCCGUCGUUGUUUUUUGAAUUUUUUACGAAAAAUGCGAAGAUUAAGGCCUUGUAG